AUGCUUGAGUCCAAGGAACCCUUGGCGCAAGCUCCGCUUUACGCGGACCUAUCCUUGCUUCGUGGAGUCCUGGCCAGACUCUUCGGCUCUGGCGAGGAAACAGAGGCCCAGGCGAUACAAGUAAAGGCCGCUUUUAGGCUAGGAGCCAAACGGGAUGGCGGCGCCUCUCGUCCACCGAAAGUCGUCCUCGGAUCGAUGGAGGAAACCAAAUCUGUAUUCCAGCGGGCCUUCCACCUGAAAGGGGAACCCGUCAGGCUACUACGCGACCUCGACGCGGACGAACGGCAGAAGCUGAAGCAGGCAUUAGCCGAUAUCCAUGAGCGUCGAGCAAUUGAGGAGGCGCCCCCAUUUCCGGUGGAGCCCUCUUGGGAUACCGAACAAAGAGUCUCCUCUGGCGUAAACUGGAGGUACAUGCAGUCGGCUGCCAUCGACAGGCGCAGCCGCGUGUGCAUAAUGUCUGCCAGUGUACGUAGUGUUUUGAACAAACGAGACGAUUUGGAGGCGUUUGUCAUGGAGCACUUCCCUGUAGUCAUCGCCCUCGCCGAAACCUGGCUCACCCCCGACGUUCUUGACUCUGAGGUCUCGCUUCUGGGCUACGCGGAUCCUGACUGUCAGGGAGAAGCACUGUGGUGCAAAACCAAACUGUGCUGCAACGGCUACACGACGAUAGGAGUCUACCACAGACCACGAGCGACAGCCCCGUUGGCCAUCCUGGACGAUAUGCGGCGAUGGGCUGGCGACGACCACUGUUUGAUGUUGGCCGUCGCCGCACCUGCGGCGACAGCUGACGUACCAUCGUUGGAGAUUAACGGUGCCCUGGCAGAAAUCGAUGUUGACAAGGCGGGAGCUUUUGCGUAA